AUGGUUUCUCAACCGAUCUUAUUAGCUCUAUUUCUAGUCCUCUUUGUUUUCCUUCUCAAACUUUUUUUGUCUAAAAAAUACAACAAACCAAAGGAGUAUAAUGUACCUUACCCUCCAAGUCCACCAGCAAUACCAAUAAUUGGCCAUCUUCAUCUCCUCAAACCACUCCUUCACCAUGCCUUCCGCGACCUCUCCGAUCGAUAUGGCCCUGUUAUAUCCCUUCGACUUGGCUCCGCUCGGUUCAUCGUUGUUAACACUCCAUCGCUCGCUAAAGAGAUCCUCAAAACAAAUGAGCUCGUUUAUUCUUCUCGAAAAAUGAACAUUGUCAUCAACACUGUUGUCUAUGAUAAUGCUACUUUUGCUUUUGCCCCUUAUGGGACAUAUUGGAAAUUCAUUAAAAAGCUAAGCACUUUUGAGCUAUUAGGAAAUCAAACCCUAGGACAGUUUUUACCAAUUAGAACCCGAGAACUCCACGAGUUCAUUCGCACUUUGGCGAAUAAAUCAAAAUUUGAAGAUAGCUUGAAUCUCACGCAAGCUUUGAUGACACUUUCUAACAACAUAAUAUCGCGAAUGAUGUUGAGCAUUGAGACCUCGGGGACAGACAGUCAGGCCGAACAAGCUAGGGUUUUGGUUCGCGAGGUGACACUGUCUUUCGGGGAAUUUAACAUUUCAGAUUUUAUAGGAUUUUGCAAAAACUUCGACUUGCAAGGUCUCAAAAAGAAGGCUUUGGAUUUACAUAAGAGGUAUGAUGCUUUUUUGGAAAAAAUCAUAUGUGAUCGCGAAGAGUCGAGAAAGAAAUUCAAGGUUGAGGGUGAAUCAUGUGUUAAUGAAGAAGAAAAAGUGAAGGAUUUUCUUGAUAUUUUGCUUGAUGUUUCUGAGGCAAAAGAUUGUGAAGUUGACUUUACUAGAAACCAUAUUAAAUCAUUGAUCUUGGAUUACUUCACAGCAGCUACAGAUACUACUGCUAUAUCAUUAGAAUGGGCAAUAGCAGAAUUGUACAACAAUCCAAUGGUGCUAAAGAAAAUGCAAGAGGAGGUGGACAUGGUAGUAGGGAAGGAAAGACUAGUGUGUGAAGCAGACAUUUCAAAUCUUCCAUAUACAAAUGCUGUAAUAAAAGAAACAAUGAGGCUUCACCCGCCGCUACCGAUGAUUGCUAGAAAAGGAGUAGAAGAUUGUGUGGUUGAUGGAAACAUGAUUCCAAAAGGAUCAAUAGUUUGCGUAAACGUUUGGGCUAUGGGAAGAGACGAAAAGAUAUGGGAAAAUCCAUUAGAGUUUAGGCCAGAGAGAUUCAUAGAAAGUGAUAUAGAUGUGAAAGGACAUAACUUUGAGUUGUUGCCAUUUGGUUCUGGAAGGAGGGCUUGCCCUGGUAUGCCUUUGGCCAUGCGUGAAUUGCCAACUGUGAUGGGAGCUUUGGUGCAAUGCUUUGAGUGGAAGAUGACUGAUUCUGAGAGUAAAAUCUUAGGUUAUGGAAAAAAGAUUGAUAUGGAUGAACGGCCAGGAUUGACUGCUCCUAGGGCUAAUGAUCUUUUCGGCAUUCCAGUUGCAAGGUUGAAUCCCAUUCCUUUUCUUCAAGUGUAG